AGUCGAAGAACAUUUUGCAGAACCCGGAAGCGCUCCUCCAUCGGCCGUAACUGCUAUUCAUUCUGGCUGUUGCGGUUUAAAUAAGUUAGUAAUCAAAGUAAACGUGAUAUCAGGCGCUUGAUAUCUUUGCCUGUAGUUAGACUAAAGCGGAGGAAGCAUGGCUGGUCGGCUACCGGCUUGUGUGGUGGACUGCGGUACGGGGUACACAAAGCUUGGUUAUGCAGGAAACACAGAGCCGCAGUUCAUCAUCCCCUCAUGUAUCGCAAUCAAAGAGUCAGCCAAGGUGGGAGACCAGGCCCAGCGCCGGAUGAUGAAGGGUGUUGAUGAUCUGGACUUCUUCAUCGGGGACGAAGCCAUCGACAAACCAUCAUAUGCAACAAAGUGGCCGAUCCGUCACGGGAUUGUGGAAGACUGGGACCUUAUGGAGAGGUUUAUGGAGCAGAUCAUCUUCAAGUAUCUGCGGGCAGAACCUGAAGACCAUUAUUUCCUCUUGACAGAACCUCCCCUCAACACACCAGAAAACAGAGAGUACACAGCUGAGAUCAUGUUUGAGUCGUUCAACGUCCCAGGUCUCUACAUUGCUGUUCAGGCCGUCCUGGCGCUGGCUGCCUCGUGGACGUCCCGACAGGUGGGAGAGCGGACGCUGACCGGGACUGUGAUCGACAGCGGAGACGGAGUCACACACGUCAUCCCGGUGGCUGAAGGCUACGUCAUCGGCAGCUGCAUUAAACACAUCCCCAUCGCCGGCAGAGACAUCACAUACUUCAUCCAGCAGCUGCUCAGAGAGCGAGAGGUGGGGAUCCCCCCCGAACAGUCUCUGGAGACAGCGAAGGCUGUGAAGGAGCGCUUUAGCUACGUCUGCCCUGACCUUGUCAAGGAAUUUAAUAAGUACGACACAGACGGCACCAAGUGGAUCAAACAGCACACAGGAGUCAACGCCAUCACCAAGAAGGAGUUCACUAUUGAUGUGGGAUACGAGCGUUUCCUGGGACCUGAGAUCUUCUUCCAUCCUGAGUUUGCCAACCCAGACUUCACUCAGCCCAUCUCAGAGGUGGUGGAUGAGGUGAUCCAGAACUGCCCCAUCGACGUCAGGCGCCCGCUCUACAAGAACAUCGUGUUGUCUGGAGGCUCCACCAUGUUCAGAGACUUUGGCAGACGCCUGCAGAGGGACCUUAAGAGGACUGUGGACGCACGACUCAAAAUAAGUGAAGAGCUGAGUGGCGGCAAAUUAAAGCCAAAGCCUAUUGACGUUCAAGUCAUCACUCAUCACAUGCAGAGGUACGCCGUGUGGUUCGGAGGAUCAAUGCUGGCAUCGACUCCUGAGUUUUACCAGGUGUGCCACACCAAGAAAGACUACGAAGAGAUCGGGCCGAGCAUCUGCCGCCACAACCCUGUAUUCGGAGUCAUGUCCUAGGCCUCGGAGGAAGCGCAUUCAAGCGGAGGCCUAAGGAAACAAAGAAAAGAAUAAAUAUACGGAGGAAGAAGCACCGCAAGACCUCACACACACAACUGAGGAAAAAAGUCCCAUGAGCCUUUGCACGGAUGCACUGACAGGGGGGCCGACAGUUCUUUCAGAUACGAGCGACAAAGCGGACCAAACGAAAGCUGCCAAAAAGAGCGGCAGUCGAUCCUCACAAAUCGGAGGAUGGAACGAGGUGACUCGGCCCAAAGGAUCCUCAAUCCAAUGUUUACUGCAAGUAGGUUAAUAAUAGGUGAUGAAUCUGUCAUUUCUGCGUGCCUCGUAUAUGUCCUAAUAUCACCACAGGGUUGUAAUAUGUCAUUAAUCAACAUGAGUCCUGUAUAAAUGCACUUCUGUGUAUAUGGGUUGGGUUCUUGCUAUAUGUUAUGUACUCUAAAAAAUGUAAACUAAAACUAGAUCAUUUUCCACAUUAAAUAUAUCACCUGUUUGAUCCUUAAGUCAUCAAAUAGGUGCAGACUUAAAAAAAAAACAAUCAGCAGAUUCUAUUUACCAUUCCUUGUUUCCUUUCUCUUUGUUUUGUAUCUUGUGUUCCAUCAGUAACCUGAAAGAAAUGUUUUCACCAGGUUUCACUGAGACUUUUUUUGUCCUGCAAUGUUGUGACUGACCGUCACCUCUCACUUUUUAUUUGUAUUAAUCAUCUUUUGAAAAACCUGUUUGAUGAAAAAGUUGGAAAAAAAAAAAGAAAGUGGUAUUAAUAUAUGAACAUGCAGUUU